AUGGCGCCUCUACCCAUCAAGUUCCAGGAGCUGAUCCAGCUCCAGACGGCCGGCGUUGAGGAUGCGUCGAUCGGCUUCAACUCCUGCACACUCGAGUCAGAUUCCUACGUCUGUAUUCGUGAAAAGAAGAAUGAAGCUGCCCAGCCCGAAGUCGUCAUCGUCGACCUCAAGAACGGCAACAAUGUGACACGACGCCCUAUCAAGGCCGACAGUGCCAUCAUGCACUGGACCAAGCAAGUCAUCGCUCUCAAGGCGCAAUCAAGAACACUCCAGAUCUUCGACCUCGAGAAGAAGCAGAAGCUCAAGUCAACGACCAUGAACGAGGAUGUCCAGUACUGGAAGUGGAUCAGCGACACCUCGUUGGGCUUGGUCACAGAUUCCGCAGUCUACCACUGGGAUGUCUACGACGCUUCCCAAGCUUCGCCCGUCGAGGUUUUCAAGCGUAACGCGAACCUCAACGGCUGCCAAAUCAUCAACUACCGAACGAACGCCGAGGGCAAGUGGAUGGUCGUUGUCGGUAUCUCCCAACAGCAGGGUCGCGUUGUUGGCGCCAUGCAGCUGUACUCCAAGGACCGCGGUAUCAGCCAAGCCAUCGAGGGUCAUGCUGCUGCUUUCGGUACCAUCCGCCUGGAAGGUGCUCCUGCUGACACCAAGCUUUUCACCUUCGCGGUAAGGACAGCAACCGGAGCUAAGCUGCACAUCGUCGAGGUCGACCACGCCGAAUCGAACCCCGUUUUCCAAAAGAAGGCUGUCGACAUCUUCUUCCCUCCCGAAGCCGUCAGCGACUUCCCCGUCGCCAUGCAGGUAUCGCAAAAGUACGGUGUCAUCUUUAUGGUCACCAAGUACGGAUUUAUCCACGUUUACGAUCUCGAGACCGCCGCCUGCAUCUUCAUGAACCGUAUCUCCAGCGACACGAUCUUCACUACCUGCCCCGACACCGAGUCUCGUGGUAUUGUCGGCAUCAACCGCAAGGGUCAAGUGCUCUUCGUCUCGAUUGACGACGCCAAUGUCAUCCCCUACCUUCUCCAGAACCCAGCCAACACCGACAUGGCUAUCAAGAUGGCAUCACGAGCUGGCCUCCCCGGUGCUGAUAAUUUGUACGCCCGCCAAUUCGAGCAGUUGUUCAACAGUGGUCAGUUCAUGGAGGCUGCCAAGGUCGCGGCCAACUCUCCCCGCCAGUUCCUUAGAACCGCCGAGACGAUCGAGCGCUUCAAGUCCCUGCCGCAACAGCCGGGCCAGAUGUCGUUCGUUCUGCAGUACUUCGGUCUCCUCUUGGACAAGGGCGCUCUCAACGAGCACGAGUCCAUCGAGCUCGCGCAGCCUGUUCUCGCGCAGAACCGUCUUAACUUGCUGGAGAAGUGGCAAAAGGAGGGCAAGCUGACGGCUUCUGAGAGACUGGGUGAUCUCGUGCGACCUCAUGAUCUGAACAUGGCUCUUACCAUGUACCUCAAGGCCAACAUCGCCCACAAGGUCGUUGCUGGUUUUGCCGAGACAGGUCAAUUCGAGAAGAUCCUGCCUUACACAGCGCAGGUCGGCUACCAGCCUGAUUACGUGCAGCUUCUGCAACACAUUGUCCGUGUCAACCCUGAGAAGGGUGCCGAGUUUGCCACUGCCCUGGCGAACAACGAGGGCGGCUCCUUGGUCGACAUCGAGAGGGUUGUCGAUAUUUUCCAGUCCCAGGGCAUGAUUCAGCAGGCGACUGCCUUCCUGUUGGAUGCCCUCAAGGACAACAGGCCCGACCAGGGCCACCUCCAGACCCGUCUGCUGGAGAUGAACCUGAUGAACGCCCCUCAGGUUGCCGACGCUAUUCUUGGAAACGACAUGUUCUCUCACUUCGACAAGACCAGGAUUGCGACCCUCUGCGAGCAGGCCGGCUUGGCUCAGAAGGCCCUGGAGCUCUACGAGGACCCCGCGGCCGUCAAGCGUGUUGUUGUCAACAUUGCGGCUACUCCCAACUUCAACCUGGAUUGGUUGACUGGCUUCUUCGGCAAGCUGUCCGUUGAGCAGUCUCUGGACUGCUUGGACGCUAUGAUGAAGCACAACAUUCGCCAGAACCUUCAGUCUGUCGUCCAAGUCGCCACCAAGUACUCCGACUUGCUUGGCCCUGUCAAGCUGAUCGACCUUUUCGAGAAGUACAAGACUGCCGAGGGUCUUUUCUACUACCUGGGCAGUAUCGUCAACCUGUCCGAGGACCCCGAUGUUCACUUCAAGUACAUCGAGGCUGCCACCAAGAUGGGUCAGUUCAACGAGGUUGAGCGCAUUUGCCGCGACAGCAACUACUACAACGCCGAGAAGGUCAAGAACUUCCUCAAGGAGGCCAAGCUUCAGGAGCAGCUUCCUCUCAUCAUUGUGUGCGAUCGCUUCAACUUCGUCCACGACUUGGUGCUGUACCUCUACCAACAGCAGCAGUUCAAGUCCAUUGAGACCUACGUUCAGCGUGUGAACCCCAGCCGAACCCCUGCCGUCAUCGGUGGUCUCUUGGAUGUUGACUGUGAUGAGAGCAUCAUCAAGAACCUUCUCUCUACCGUCAACCCUGCCUCGAUCCCCAUUGACGAGCUCGUGUCUGAGGUUGAGACCCGCAACCGCCUCAAGCUGCUUCUGCCUUUCCUCGAGGCCACCCUUGCUGCUGGCAACCAGCAACAGGCUGUUUACAACGCCCUCGCCAAGAUUUACAUCGACUCCAACAACAACCCUGAGAAGUUCCUGAAGGAGAACGACCAGUAUGACACCCUGGUCGUUGGUAAGUACUGCGAGAAGCGUGACCCCAACUUGGCCUUCAUCGCGUACUCCAAGGGCCAGAACGACCUUGAGCUCGUCAACAUCACCAACGAGAACGGCAUGUACCGCAACCAGGCCCGCUACCUGCUCGAGCGUGCCGACCGCGAGCUCUGGACUUUCGUGCUCAGCGAGAACAACAUUCACCGUCGCUCGGUUAUCGACCAGGUCAACGCCACUGCUGUUCCCGAGUCUACCGACCCUGCCAAGGUGUCUGAGGCUGUCGCCGCCUUCCUUGCUUGCGACCUUCCUCUUGAGCUUAUUGAGCUUCUUGAGAAGAUCGUCCUUGAGCCAUCGCCGUUCAGUGACAACGCGAACCUCCAAAACUUGCUGCUGUUCACGGCUGCCAAGGCGGAUAAGGGUAAGGUUAUGGACUACAUACACCGCCUCGACAACUUCAGCGCGCCCGACAUCGCGUCCGCCUGUAUCGACGUCGGCCUCCACGAGGAGGCUUUCGAGAUCUUUAAGAAGACCGGCGACAAGACCGCUGCUGUCAACGUCCUCGUCGAGAAUGUCGUCAGCAUCGACCGCGCUCAAGCCUACGCCGAGGAGGUUGACCUGCCCGAGGUCUGGAGCAAGGUUGCCAAGGCCCAGCUCGACGGUCUCCGCGUGAGCGACUCUAUUGAGUCGUACAUUAAGGCCGAGGACCCCAAGAACUACGAAGAGGUCAUCGAGACUGCUGUCCGUGCCGGCAAGGACGAGGAUCUCGUCAAGUACCUGCGCAUGGCCAGAAAGACCUUGCGCGAGCCCGCCAUUGACACCGCUCUCGCCUUCUGCUAUGCCCGCAUGGACGAGCUUGGCGAGUUGGAAGACUUCCUCCGCGGCACCAACGUUGCCAACAUCGAGGAAUCUGGAGACAAGGCUUACGAGGAGGGUCUCUACCAGGCUUCCAAGAUCUUCUUCACCAGCAUCUCCAACUGGGCUAAGCUGGCCACGACGCUCGUUCACCUUGAGGAGUACCAGGCUGCCGUCGAGUGCGCUCGCAAGGCCAACAACAUUAAGGUCUGGAAGCAGGUUCACGAGGCCUGCGUUGAGAAGAAGGAGUUCCGUCUUGCCCAGAUUUGCGGUCUCAACCUGAUCGUCGACGCUGAGCAGCUCCAGACACUCGUUAAGCAGUACGAGCGCAAUGGCUACUUCGACGAGCUGAUUGGCCUCUUGGAGCAGGGCCUGGGUCUCGAGCGUGCCCACAUGGGUAUGUUCACCGAGCUUGGUAUCGCUCUGUCCAAGUACCACCCCGAGCGUCUCAUGGAACACCUCAAGCUCUUCUGGAGCAGAAUGAACCUGCCCAAGAUUAUUCGUGCCUGCGAGGAAGCCAACCUCUGGCCCGAGCUGGUCUUCUGCUACUACCACUACGAUGAGUUUGACAACGCCGCCCUUGCCGUUAUUGAGCGCCCCGAGAACUCUUGGGAGCACCAGCAGUUCAAGGAGAUCGUUGUCAAGGUUGCCAACCUGGAGAUUUACUACCGCGCCAUCAACUUCUACCUCGAGCAGCACCCGUCCCUGCUCACGGACCUUCUCCAGGCUCUUACUCCCCGUAUCGACGUCAACCGUGUGGUCAAGAUGUUCGAGAAGAGCGACAACCUGCCGCUCAUCAAGCCUUUCUUGGUUAACGUCCAGUCUCAAAACAAGCGCACGGUGAACAACGCCAUCAACGACCUGUUGAUUGAGGAAGAGGACUACAAGACGCUACGCGACUCAGUUGAGAACUAUGACAACUACGAUCCCGUUGAGCUCGCCGCUCGUCUUGAGAAGCACGACCUGAUCUUCUUCCGCCAGAUCGCCGCCAGCAUCUACCGCAAGAACAAGCGUUGGGAGAAGUCCAUCGCUCUCUCCAAGCAGGACAAGCUGUUCAAGGAUGCCAUCGAGACUUCCGCCAUCUCUGGCAAGAACGAUGUUGUGGAGGACUUGCUCCGCUACUUCGUCGACAUUGGCAGCCGCGAGUGCUACGUCGGCAUGCUCUAUGCUUGCUACGACCUCAUCCGUCCCGAUUUGGUACUGGAGAUCUCCUGGCGCCACGGUCUUACCGACUUCGCUAUGCCCUACAUGAUCAACAUGCUGUGCCAGCAGACGAAGGAGCUUGCGACCCUCAAGGCCGACAACGAGGCCCGCAAGAGCAAGGAGAAGGAGAAGGAGAAGGACGAGGACAACACCCCUAUCCUCGGCGGCAACCGCCUCAUGAUCACUGCCGGCCCCGGCGGCAUGGGCGGUGGCUCUCCCGCGCCAUAUGGCCAAACGAACGGAUUCGCUCCCCAGCCCACCGGCUUUGGAUUCUAG